AUGGAUGACGAUUCGGUGAACUUUGGCUCGGAUGCCGCUGGCGCCACUCCUGGUAGCAACUCCAUUCUGGCGCAGCCGCCGCUGCAACAAGAAUCUACUCCUUCUGGACAACAAGGCGACUCCACCCAGGAAGACCAAGCUGCAGAAACUGCUGAUGUUUCGAUGGUUGAAGGCGAUGCAGAUGCCACAACUGAACCCGCCACCAAGGAUGGUACAUCCGACUCUACCCCUGCCGUUGUAUCUGACAACCCUCUUGAUGCGCCUGAUGCGCCUCGACGUGAAGGCGAUGAGAUAAAGGAUGAAGAGAUGGCUGAAGCUCAAGAUGACCUUAAAGAAACCCAAGGGCAGGGUGAAGGAGAUGGUGCCGCGCAAAGCGGCACUGCAGAGGAGCAAGCUGAGAAGACAAAGACGUCUAUCGAAGCAUCAGCACGAGAACACCUUAUUUCGCAAACGCACUCUAUAAUCCUGCCAAGUUACAGCACGUGGUUCGAUAUGCAUAAGAUCAACAACAUCGAAAGAAAGGCGCUCCCGGAAUUCUUCAACAACCGAAAUCGAAGCAAGACUCCAGCUAUUUACAAAGAUUACCGUGACUUUAUGAUCAACACAUACCGUCUUAAUCCCAUUGAAUACCUAACUGUGACGGCUUGCCGGAGAAAUUUAGCGGGAGAUGUGUGUGCUAUUAUGCGAGUCCACGCUUUCCUCGAGCAGUGGGGUCUUAUAAACUACCAGGUUGAUGCAGACCAAAGACCUUCCAGUGUUGGGCCACCCUUCACGGGACAUUUCAAAGUCAUUUGCGACACUCCGCGUGGACUCCAGCCAUGGCAGCCUGCAGCCGAUCCAUUGGUCGUUGAGGGAAAGAAGAAUGCAGACACCGAGGCAAAGGCUGCUGCAGCGCCUGUAGCCAAGGGUGAUUUAAACCUUGAAGUCGGACGGAACAUAUACGAACCCACCGCAAAGGAGUCGAAACUCAACAAUACCACAGAAAAACAAGCAAAUGGAGAUGCCCCUACAACAAAUGGUGCUGAACCAGCAGCCCCACAAUCCAUCGAAGAUGUCGUGAAGGACACUACCGAAAAGGUUCAUUGCUUUUCUUGCGGUAUUGAUUGCACAGUUGUCCACUAUCACAACGCUCAGGCGGACCAAGGAACUGGCCCAGGCAAGGUCAAAUAUGAUCUUUGUCCCAAUUGCUUCGCAGAUGGACGAAUGCCAGCAAGCCAUCAAUCCAGUGUAUACGUCAAGAUUGAGAAUCCUAGGUACAAAGGCAUUCCGGAACGUGACGCACCCUGGUCUGAUGGUGAGGUGCUUCGGCUUCUCGAAGCUAUGGAGCGCUACGAUGAGGACUGGGCAGAAGUUGCAGACUAUGUCGGUACGCGAACAAAGGAGGAGUGUGUGGUCAAAUUUUUGCAAUUUGAGAUCGAAGACAAGUAUCUUGAUUCAGAACCCCUCACCCGAUCCGCAGGGAUGGGCAUGCUAGGUUCGCGAUCAGGCUUACUUCCUUUCAGCCAGGCGGACAACCCAGUCAUGUCUGUCAUUGGUUUCCUGGCUGGUCUCACAGAGCCAAGUGUAACCGCAGCCGCAGCAAACAAGAGUGUUGAAGUGAUGAAACAAAGCUUACGCGAUUCGCUCGAAAAAUCCAAGUCAUCAGAAAAGGGCAAGGAGAAGCAAGGUGAUUCUAUGGAGAUUGAUAUUCAACAUGACACAACGACCACGACCACGACCACUACGACUACAACUACCACACACUCUCUGAGCGGGCUUGCGACCGUUCCGCUUGCCUCUGCUGCUGCUCGAGCGGGAGGGCUUGCCUCUCAUGAAGAGCGGGAGAUGACACGGCUUGUCUCGGCUGCAGUCAAUGCCACCCUCAUGAAGUUCGAACUGAAGCUCAAGCAGUUCAACGAGAUGGAGGCAAUCCUGCAAGCUGAGCGUCGAGAACUAGAAAGAGGGCGUCAGCAAUUAUUCUUAGAUCGUCUUGCAUUCAAGAAGCGGGUUAGGGAUGUGCAAGAAGGUUUGAAAGCAGCAGCUGCCACAGGUGGUGAGCAAGGCCUGAGGAUGGCUCAGGAGGUUAUGUCAGGAGGGGAGAAGAUGACUUUCCAGGGUGCAACUCCAGCUGCGGGUAGUGUGCAACCAUUGAGUGCUGAGGGUCAAAUAAAGAGCUACGACAUUUAA